CUUAAGAGCCCACUUGAAAUUUCAAAGAAAGACUUUUCUAUGAAGCUGCCUUAAAGAGCAUGUAAAUGGAAUCUUUUGGUUCUAUUAUGUCAAUCAGUUCUAAGUGAGAGUUUCCUCGAGCCUUAGCACUUCGUCGGCAUGAAUCUUCGCACCACAUUUCUCUACAUGUCAGUUUUUAUUGUGGUGAGUUCGGCAUAUCGUUUGAGUCGCUUCCAAAACCACAAAAACGAAGGAGAUCCGUGGGAAAGAGAAGAAAAUCCCGACCGCGAUUUUCUAUACCGAAAUCUCGGGUAAGACAUUUUCGUCUAAACUUUUACAAUGGUUUUACGUUUCAACUCUUCUUCAGUUAAUCCCAUAGGCAUUUGUUUCUCUCCUUCAAGAUUUGUCAUGUUAUAACUGCUUGAUUCGAAAAUUCAGAUGACAAGUUGUUUUGUUAAAUUUCGUUUGCCUUUUUUUUUUCGGCUCUCUCUUCUUAUUGUCUCACGUCGUGAAUAAAUUAAAUCAAAUGUUUUUUCUUUUUGCAAUUUCCUUACAUGUAAAUUGAGACAAUCUGAAAAUUUCUUCGAAAAUAUUUCCCCAUAUUUUGUAGACUUUAUCAGCGUUGCUUCUUUCAUAGAAUUCUGCGGAAAGGUCUUUGAAUCAAGACGAUCGUGACGCUGCGAUUUAAUUUUGCCAUGAAUUGAGAUACUCAGUAAUUAGGGGUGCACAACAAUUCAAAAAUAUUUAUAUUUCCAAACCGAGAGAGACUAAAGUCUAUAGCGAAUUUGUAAGUUGGCGAGAAGUAAUCAUCCACUGCGACAUUUUUACAAAAAUCGCGCCUCUAAUGCAGGUUGAAUUACAAUGAGGUAAUGUUACUGUACGUUUUCACACUUAUAUGCAAGUGGGACCAGUCCUCUUUUCUUAUUUCCCUAGCCCUCAGAAAACUAGAAAGGUACUGCGUAGUAUCUUCAAUAGUCUACUAAAGUUUUGAAUAUUCUAUCUGGACCGAAAUAAUGAGUUAAAAUAUAUGACCUAAGAUUACUCCUUUGCUUUACUUACUCGUAGGGUGUUAAAUUACAAUGUGCUGGAGACCCCACAAGUCACCCCUCCCCCACCACGCCCAUACGUGGGACCCAAGAAUGGAAAGUACAAAUACAAGUACUGGAAGAAGAGGCCCAACAGACGGCGACCGCAAGAAACUUCUGAAUCGGAGUCAGAUGACGAAAAAGAAAGUGUCGAGACGGAGAAGAAGAGAUUUUCUGAUGUGAUGCGACCUCCCUCCCAGAGGUGGAUUCUUUAUGGGAAGACCAUGCUUAUUUGAUUGAUUGACGUUUAAAAAUCCUAAUUAUUGUUUAGCAAUUCUCUCUUCUUACUGCUGUACGUUUUGUCGCGGGCUUAAGUUAAGAGAAUUUGAUGCGAUAUCACGACAAGGGUACCUCCUCUAGCUGAUCAUUUUCUCUUUUCUCGUCACCUACUUCUUAGUAGUUGAAUCGAUAUUGUAAGGAAGACAUGUUGUUAUUGCUUAGAAGGGUC